UACGGCAGGAUGUGAUACGAAAAUGAUAAGAGGGUCAGGUGACCCUUAACACAUGGGACACGGCCAUAAACAUUGGUCACAUGGUGCUACAUUAUGGAACAAUAAAGACAGGAAAAGUCAAUGCUGUCACGUCAUGGAAAAGACCAGUAUUCCCAUUUUCACAUCUAUUACCGGCGAUGGUGAGCCAGUUAGAAAAAUAUUUGUCGGCAACUUAGCACGGAAGACGAAAUACAAAGAUGUUAUAAAAUUAUUUUCCAAGUAUGGAAAAAUUGAGAGUUGCUUUUUACGAAGGAAUACAAGAAACAGAAAUAACUAUGCACUUAUUACGUUUAAUAGUUUAAGUGCAGCUAUAAGAGCCAGAAAUGCUAGAAGAGUAAUAUUGCACAGUAAAAAUUUAAUUAUUGAGGCCGCUAAUCCUUGGCUUCAAGGAAAGUGUGUAAGGAAACGUAAAAAAAAAUGUAACAUAGUGUCAGAUGAGGAUUGGAGAGAAAAUGAAAUUAGUAUCCAAAAAUUAAAUGACGACUGUCUGAUGCACAUUUUUUGUUAUUUGCCAAUUAUGGAUAGGAUCAGAUUAGAAAGAGUGUGCAAGAGGUGGAAAUCAUUAAUUAUAAAUUCAUGGUAUAAUACGAAAAAAUUGGAUUUACGGUCUUGUAUGUCGAGCUCUUUCGCUGACAGAAACAACAGACAUAUGAGUUUAAAUAUGCUUCGUAAAAUAUUAUUCCGAUGUGGUUCAUAUUUAAAUGAAGUAGAUCUGUCCUCUGUGCCGUCUUUUUAUUAUGCAAAUUUAGAAAGAUUAAAAAUUUGUCAUGUUCCACCUACAUCAGAAUUCCUAAUGACAGACACAUUAUAUAUUACGGAAUUAUCCACUCUCAAAGCUCUGACAGUCAGUGAGAACAGUGUAUUUACGGACGAAUUUCUUUCUCGUCUGGUAAUGACAUGCCAGAAUCUCACAUAUCUAGACAUUUCCAAUUGUUCUGGUAUUUCAAACCGUGGCAUGGCCGCUAUAGCAUCUCUUCAGUUAGAAGUGUUAAUAAUGAACAAAAUGCCAAGAGUGACUAAAGUGCGUCUAUGUGACGCAUCCAAUUUAAAAAGGAUAGAAUGUCGCCGUUCGAAAUUUAUGGAUAUAGCGAUAAUUAAUCUUAUUAAGUCCGCGCCGCAAUUGAGUAUGCUAGAUUUAUUAGAAUCCCCAUCUAUUACUAAUAUAACAUUAGAGGAAGCUGCCAGGAUUACGGCCAGUCGAACCAACAAUAUUAUUUUAAAAAUAGUCGUAGGCGGUACCUCAGUGGAUCUUAGUACUUUUAAUAACGUAUCACCGUUUUUAGAAAUAGUAAUUUCACUGUAACAUUUCCACUUGUACUGUAAUAUUUGUAAAUAUUUAUUGUGUAAUUGUACUAUGUAAAUAUGUUAACGAAACACUUUAAAGUGUUGAAAAAAUGAGAAUAACUUUGAUUUAGACAUGUUUAUUUGCACUAACUUUAGAGAUAAAAUCUGAUAGUACUUAUGUCGGUAGACAAACUUUGUGAAUGAUUUUGCAGGAAACGGAAAAAAAAGGGAUGAUAGAUAGUAGUGCGAUCAUAUUAUCUAUAAACGAAGCACAUUAUUACUAUUUUAUACCAUGAUAACUAGUAUUACCAUGUAAAUUUGGACAAACUACGAAAUGUUUCCAUCACAAUUAAAUUUAAGAAUUUAAUGUUCUGUCUAAAUCAAAUUAGUAUUAAUG